CUCCUGAUUGGAUCCAGCUGUUCCUGCAAGAGCUCCGUGUGGGCCGUCACAUCUGCAUUGCUAAACAAUCAGCAAAGCCGAGCGAUCCGAGCAAGGAAGCGGGACGUUUUGGUUUUUUGUUUUGUCGUUUUUUUUUUUCUUUCGGCCGAGGAACUCCUGCAAGAGUUGGUCAAUGUGCCGAAGCUCCAGCUCGAUCGCACGGUGGUUAAUGAAAACCUGCUGUCGGCUUCUGCGUCAGGACGCAUAGUUGGAGGCGAGAGGAGAGAACCCCGCUGGGAUUCGGGUCUACGGGUCGUCGGAAUCUUUCCUUUGAUAGGGAGUUUACUAGAAACCAUUAAAGCAAUGGCUCUGGGAACGCGUCCCCUCGGGUUUUCUUCUUCUGCGAGGCUAUGCUUCUGUCGAGCUCCCGCGUCUUCGGCCGGCUGUCCUCCACGAGGCUUGGCGGCACUAAAGCUCCCUCUUUGCAGGAUGUUGGCUGCUUUGGUAUUUGCUCUGCUUUGCAUCCAGUCUGCACACGGACAGCGCUGCCCGUACGGCUUUGAGUAUAGCCCCAGUUUAGGACGAUGCGCAGAUGUGAACGAGUGCAGCUGGCCCCAACCUUGCCAAGGAGAGAUGCUCUGCGUCAACCGGAUCGGAGGCUAUCAGUGCCUCUCGAGUGACUAUUACGACCAGCCUUACAGACGGGUGGGCUCCGUCCAGCCUGAGCCCAGUUACCCGGACCCCUCUGACAGGAUCUCGGACGCCUUCGUCCCGGCUCCAGCGAGACGCGUGGAGCCCAGUUACCCCAUAGUGGGCAACACUGCGCUGUGCACCUUGGGGUACGCUCCUGCGGCGGAUGGCACCUGUAACGACAUUGACGAAUGUGAGACCAACUCUCAUCACUGUAACCCCACCCAGGUGUGCAUCAACACAGCCGGUGGCUACACCUGCUCCUGCACAGAAGGUUACUGGCUAGUAGCUGGACAGUGUCAGGAUAUCGAUGAGUGCCGUUACGGCUACUGCCAACAGCUGUGUGCCAACGUCGCUGGCUCCUAUUCCUGCUCGUGUAACCCCGGCUUCCUCCUUAACUCAGACAGCCGGACCUGUCAGGACGUGGAUGAAUGUGAAGAAGAGCCCUGCAGUCACGGCUGUUUCAACACCUACGGCUCUUUUAUGUGUAACUGUAACGAGGGAUUCGAGCUGGCGUCCGACGGCACUACCUGCAUUGACCUGGAUGAGUGCAGGUUCUCGGACUUUCUGUGCCAGUACAGAUGUGUGAACGCCCCUGGCUCUUUCUCCUGCAUCUGUCCACCCGGAUAUUAUUUACAAGACGACAGCAGGACCUGUGAAGACACCAAUGAAUGUGACACUGGUAACAACACCUGUACAACAGAACAAGUGUGUUUCAAUUUCCAGGGAGGCUAUACAUGCCUGAAUCCUUUACAGUGUGCACCUCCUUACGUCAUCGUUAGCGACAACCAAUGCAUGUGUUCAGCUGAGAACCCUGCCUGCAGGGACUUGCCUUUCACCAUUCUGUACCGACACAUGGACUUGUUGUCGGGGCGCGCCGUGCCUGCAGAUAUCUUCCAGAUGCAGGCCACCACGCGUUACCCCGGCGCCUUCUACAUCUUCCAGAUAAAGUCGGGCAACGACGGACGAGAGUUUUACAUGAGGCAAACCAGUAACGUGAGCGCCACCCUUGUCCUGACGCGGCCAAUCAAAGGCCCAAAGCAGUUGGUGCUGGACUUGGAGAUGGUCACGGUGAACAACGUCAUCAACUUCCGAGGCAGCUCCAUCAUCAGGCUGACGAUAUUCGUGUCGGAGCAUCAGUUCUGAGGAACCUCGCUGCAACAAGACAGUCAUGCAUCACAUGCAGCUGCACUCACAUGUAACUUGUGUAAUUCUUUUUUUUUUUGAGAGUACUCUUUUGCUUUGUUACCGUCCCGCCAUCAUCAGUCAGAACACAUCCGACACAGACUCUGCCUAGAUCAGCGGAUGGGAAGGCAUCCCUACGCUCGGAUGCCCUCGGGUUUCCGGGAUUCCGGGCUUUUACGGCUGUGGACACAGAGGAAUAUUUAUAGUCUACGAUUUCAUACAUCCUCUCCUCUGAUAGUAUGGCUCCGGUUACUAAUUGAGGGCUGGUGUUUUAUGCUUGAGCGUCCGUCUCUUGGCAUUGAAGCUGUGAAAGUGACCGUAAAUGCCGUCACUUCAUUGUGAGUGCAGUCUGAUCGUUACUGUAAACAAGAAAAGCAGGUUACCGGAACAGAGGAGUAAGCUACCUGUGCCAAGGGGGGGGGGGAAGUGUUUGAGAUUAUGUAAUAAGCAGUCAUUAAAUAAAAUAUAGAGCACAGAUUCUUUUAGAGCAAUAAAUGACUUCAUCACAUCGAC